AAAAAGAAAUUAUAAAAAAUCAUCUAUCAAAGAACAAAUAAAAUGUAUUUAUGGAAUUAUAAAAAUAUCAUAUAUUAAAAAUUUUAUUAUAUUUAUAUUUAUAAUGAUGUCUACACCAUCAUGUGGAAAUACACUUUUUUUUUAUAUAACUAACGAAUUAAAAUUUAGUCCAAAUUUAUUAGGAAAAAUGGCUAUGUUCCAAUCAUUAGCUAGUUUCAUAUCUAUUAUAUCAUAUAUGCUUUUUUUUACUAAAAUAAAUAUCAGAAAAUUAUUAUUAUACUCUACAAUUAUUAUUACUCCUUUUUGUUUAUUACCAUUAAUAGUUAUCAAGAAAUUAAAUAAUUUUUUAUUUAUAGAAAAUUCUUUAUUUUUUAUUACAGACACAGUACUUAUCGAAUUUAUAGCAGAAUUUCAAACCAUGCCUAUUCUAGUAUUAUGUUCAAGAUUAAUACCUGAAGGUUUUGAAUCUACAAUAUAUUCUUUAUUAUUAUCAUCUAAUAAUUUUGCAUCUUUAAUUAGUUCCUUCCUUUCAUCUAUAUUAACAUAUUCAUUGAAUAUCACAUCAACAAAUUUUAAAAAUUUACCUUAUAUGAUAAUUAUAUGUUGCCUUACAAAUCUAAUCCCAAUUUUCUUCUUAUAUAUAUUACCAGAUACUUCCGAAAAAAAAAAUAAUUUACAACAUUAUAAUUCACUUACUCAAAAUAAUUAUUCAUAUCCAUCCACUGAUUAUUUAUCAUCUCAAAAAUCAGAUUCGUCCGAAAUAACUAAAUUUUCUGCAGACAUGUUAAUUGAUGACAUAGCCGUGGAAUGA